UUGGCUUGGUGUUCAGAUAGCGCCGGGUAACGCAUGUUGAAAGUGGUGUUCGGCACCCAGUCUCUCAGAAACUCUCCUUCGAAUAGUACGUAAUAACAUUCGCAGAGUCGGCACUAGAAACAUUAUUCACCAUGUCUGAAAGUGUGUCCCGAUGCAAUGGACAAAGCUGGAGCGUGAUGAGCGAGAAUCACCUGUCGGAAAAGUUUCCGCUGCAUCGCGCGUGCCGCGACGGGGACAUUGCAUCGCUGAAGUUGUUGCUUCAUCAGGAAGCGGCUCCAUCGCACAUCACGCUCGAAGAUACCUAUUACGGAUGGACGCCUACGCACUGGGCAGCAUACUUCGGAAGGCUGGAUUGCCUGAGACUGCUGGUAUGUGGUGUGGGAAAUGGAGUGUCUGCUGACCCAGGUUUGAAGACUUCACGUUUCACCCAAACUCCCGUUCACAUCGCAGCCUUUGCGGGUCAUCCACAUUGCUUGCAGUGGCUCUUGCAGGCUGGGGCAGAUCCUAACGCUCAGGACUACCUUGGAGAAACUUCUCUUCAUAAAGCAGCCAGGACAGGGUCAGCCACUUGCAUUGGUGUUCUGUUGGAUAGCAAAGCAAGCCUUGUGAUACGUAACAAUAAUGGGCAGACAGCAGCUCAGUUAGCCAAUGCGUGCAGUUUCACUGAAUUGGCCAAUCAGCUGUUGCAGAUGGAAGGAAAGCAAGGGGUUACAACAGAUGUAAAUGGUUCUAUUACCCGAAGUGUCCCAGCUCAUGGACUCAAUGGAGGAGUCUUUCCUCACUAUGGCCAGACUGCCCUUUUUGCAAACCACCCAGUUUCUGAACAGCCUGCUGUACAAAAUAACACCAAUGGCUUUAGUCUUCAUAAUGGUAACAGCACUUCUUUAAGUAAUGGAAGUGGGAAUGAUACAUCGCACGGUGUAUGUACAUCUUCGAAUGGUUAUUAUGGAUUCCAGCCAGCUAAUGGAUCAGCUAAUGGACAUAAAAAUGGUAGUGUUGAGAAUGGAGAUGAUUGUGAGAUGGAAACUGAUACUCCUGUCAUGAAAACUGAGCAUGUGAAUGGUUCUGUUGAGAAUGGUUCUACUGUUGCAGCCUCUAAUCCCUCCAAGAAUGUUACUCUAGGAUUCACCAAUGGCCAUGUUAUUGGCACUGUCAUGGGAUUCACUGGUGCUGGUGCUGUGAAGCCAAAAACACAGACAAAUGGUAUCCAUACAUCUCCAGGACUUAGAAUGGGGGACGACAUUACCCUUAGUCGUGCUGUGUCACAGAAUGAAGUUCCAAUUGGUGGAUGUAAGAGGUCCAGAGAGGACGGGACAGUCCCGCAGAUGAAGCGCAUGAAAACUGAAGGUGUGGAGUUUGAUCCUGUGAGCCGCACUGUAUUUCCUGCUGUAAGAAAUCUCCAAAUGACUGCUACAUCUCCAACAAAAGUAUUGCCUGUAUUUUCAUCAGUGAUUGAUCAUUCUUGCACAGUGAAGGCUGAAAAUGGAUAUGAAAAUUUAAAUUUUGAGGCCAUCAUGACAGAAAUGCAUGGUUGUUGAUAUGACUACAGAUCACAUUGAUUUCAGAGGUAGAGAAAGAUUUGAAGAUGAGAAUUCACUGCCAUUGCAAUAAAUAGAGUACAUAACUUAUAGAAAGAUUACAUUUUGAUCAUUUGAAAGGUAACAAACUAAAAAUAUAAUUACCUCUUCACAUCAAACCACUUAUAAAUCAACACUAGGUUAUUCAAGUUUAUAUACAUUGAGACGUGACUAGAAGUUUGUCAGUGUUUCUGAUGUACUAUUUUUCCAUUUUACUACAGUAUAGUGUUUAUAUGUUUUAAGUCAUGUAUUUGCAUUUAUCAGACACUCCUGUUUGAUCAGAUUUGCUUGGAGUGUAGACUAAGGACGUUUUGGAAAUUAUCUAUACCAGUGAAAGAUGUUUGUAGAUCACUAUACAGCAAAUCCCUUUAAAAUUUUAAAAAGUGAUUGUGAUGGGUUACUUUUAAUGAACUGCUUAUUAUGAAGCUAGAAACUAUUGGGAUUUUGGUGAUCACAGAUUAGUCGUUAUCCAUCAGAUGUUGUAUUUGGAAAAUGUUUUGAGGUUUCCUAGGAUGAAAACUGUUUUUGUUCAUAGAGUAUAUUGUACUGGAGAUAAAGAGCCCCACCACCAUUUUUCACUUUUCUUUUAUAGAAAAACAUACAAAAUAAAGUAUUAGAUUCUGGUCAUGAUCCCUUUCAGUGUUACCAAUACGUAAUACUAUCUAACAUCAAAACUUUUUGUACCAGAUGUGCUUUUUGAUAAAAUGAAGUAAGAUAUUGAAGAUGUGACAGAAUAAAUUCAAUUAUUACCCAAGGUUUUUUGUACAUGAAAGAUAUUUCACCUUCACCUGGGAUUAGGAUGAUUUUAGUAAUAUUUUUAAAUUUCCCAUUUUCACAAAAUUUGUAAAAAUUUAAGUUUAAUUUCUUAAAACUAAAAUUCUAAAUUUUUUCUCAAGCAUUUUCCAUAUGUUUAAAAGAAUAAUGUGUACUUUUGCAUUCACCAUAGAUUUAACUUGAAUAAAAAAGUAUACUGUGCCAGAAAAAAUGGUGUCAUGUUGUCCAUACCAUUUUCAUUUUCAUGGUCCUAAUAUUACUAACCAUGAUGCCUUGCACUAGGUAACAAAAAUAAUUUAGAAUUGAAAUUAGACCCAGGAAAGGUAUGGUACAUUUUGACAGUGUGGCGUACAAACUGCUUUUCUUGACAUUGAGGCAUACUGCAGGAGGUCAUAGUUUUAGUGGUUGUCAUUUUUUCAUUCAUAUAAUUGAUCUCAUCUCAUCCUAGCUAACAAAUUUGUUUACUAAGUUCUCCUUAGUAAGUAGUGUUUGAAGCUUUAUGGUUGAUAUUCUUAGGGUAUCAUUCUUUUGCCACAAAUAUAUUUUCACUACAUUAAGGUAAAUGGAAUUGCCUUCUUAAUUUUUUGCCUUAAGAAUUCAAUUCAACAAACAUAUUUACUGUUAUAAAUAUGACCUAAGUUAUUGCUACAGAUUAAGUUUGCUUUGAUGAUGCACUGAGCUCUAAUUUUUGUAAUAAACCGUUAAUUUAUAAGGAAGUAGAAGUGUGUUAUAUUUAUAUCUUGAAAAGAACAAUGUACACUUAUUUAGGGUCCCAGUUGCACCAUCUUCAGGUAUAAUCGGAGUUUUGUAACUUGGUGUCUUGAUUGCAUUCAUGCUGUACCAAAAUAAGGUCAUUAUCAAUUGUAUUUUUUCAUAUUAUGGUAAGUGGCGAGUGCAGUUUGGCUCUCCUAUUGCCAAUUUUUUUUUUACUAUAGGUAACAUCUUUUAUUUAAUGAAGGAUGUAGAUUGGCUUAGAGUAGAAAACAUUUGCAGCUGUUGCACUUGAACUUCAAGUUGUUAUUGUUAUUCAUGCCUAAGUUGUGAUAUAGUUCAUAUACGGUAUGGAAUUUUUUUCAAAGAAUAAUUAUUUUAGGUACUGUAUUUGUUUCUAAAACAUUUAUAUAGAAGUUGAUAAAUUGCAGAUUAAACCUUUCACCUUUGUAUGAUCAUAUUGAUCAUUAAUUUUAUAAAAAAUAAAAAAUAUACAUACUAAUGUAAAUGUAAUGAUGUAUUCAGUGCUGUACAAUAAAGCUUAAAAUAUUCAA